CAGAAAACAACACAACUCAGCAUUGGGGACACCAUCCACUGCCAUCUGCAUCGAACAUACUCUGGCAGCAUACCUUGAUCAUCUCUGCAAUUCUUUGCUCUUCUAAUCAUGAGUGCGCUGCCAUUGCCGCAUGUGCUGCUGUAUCGCGAGUUGCACGGCGGAUUGCCGCUGUUGCCUGCUCCACCGCCGCGACUGAGGCAGACCGCCGCGCCGCCAGCCGCAGCGUCAGCCGUAACACAGCCGUUGAGCAGCGCAGGGUCAGAGCGGCGGCGACGGCGGCGGCAGAGUGAGCUCCUGCGGCGGCUGAGCGGGCCUGCAACUUCCCUCACGUCCAAGCGACUCCUUGCUGCGCGGCUCUUCCCGCGUCCGCUGCCGAGUGCCAACGUUCCACUUCGAGCAAUUCACGACGCGGAAGGUCAGAUUGUGCAAGGCUGCGUCCUGCUGGGCUUUUCGGGCGAUGGCCGGUUUAUGCUGUCGUACAUGAGCGAGGUGGCGCCUGCUCGACUCCAAAGCAGCUUUUCGUUCUUUGAGAGCGUCACGCUGUUUACAUACAGCUUUGUUACUUGGCGAUUUGAUCCGCAUCAGCCGCUCGCGUGCCAUUCCAAAACCCCGCUAUUUCGAGGAACAGCACACAAGACAUUACUACUGCAGGUCGCUGAAUCACCAUGCGGCCGAAGAUAUGUGAUCACUGGUUUUGAGCAGGAGCACGCCGCCGACGGGCUUGCCUGUCGCAAUUGCUACAUGAGCAUUGUCAGCCACACUCCCGACGAGCAGCCUGGUGUUGGGCCGCAAAAGCCCGUGUACGAUCGCGUCUGUGAGAUUGCGCUGCCGUCCCCUCUCUCGUUUAUCACGUCAGGCGUCUCGCUUGUGCUAGACGAUUUGUAUGUCUUCAACACGGGCGAGCAGCUCCUAGUUGUUGAUUUCCGGACAGAUCCACAGGCCUCUCUUGUAGGCAGCAAUGGGACCGAAGCAUCACGACCAGUUUCCGACCAGUUGCACGCUGCGAUCGACACCACCAACUCUCCUCUUCAGCGUCUCCAGACCCCGGCCGCACUCGUGGAACAACCAAGCGAAAUUCUCACACGCCGCAUUUCCCUCGAAGGCAUUCUUGCCAACCUGGCUGCCCACCCAAAGUUCGGGUUUGGGAGGGAGUGCCUGCGAGUGAUCGACUACAACGGAUAUCUGAUCGACGUCUGUCGCCAGUCGCGCCAAGCCAUCCUACUUUUGGCCUGCGUUGCCAAGUCCACAAACCAACCGGGCCACACUCCCGUGCUCCCUCCCGGUGAGGAGCCGGUGCAUGUGCUGACCUAUCAGCUCAUGAUUCCGCUCGAUGGCGAGGCCGAGCCCUCGUCCCGUCGAGGUCUGCGCCUUGCUGGUUUUGAGCGAAUCAGCAUGCGUCAAGCCGAGUGCACGACAGCAGCGCUUAUUGCGAGAACCCUGCGUCGUGCGCAAGCGCUUAUUCAUCAACUGCGCGUAGUUUCGGCCGAGCCAGCGCAACAAGUCUUCUCCACCUGGACCAAUCGGACGGUUCUUGCCGGCCAAUCACUACCAGGACUUCGACAUCCGCUCUGGCCACUCGCUGUCACCAUGACUUCGCCAGCUGUCGGCGUGCGUUCGAUGCCCAACGCUUGAUUUUGUAAACAGCAGAUACUGUGGAUAACUUGUAAACAUGAUCUUUGGUUCGUUUUCAUCGCGAGUCACCC